GUGAUCUAAACCAAUUUGCCUAUGUGCGGCGCAGUUUCCGGGUCUCUCUUAAAAUACAUAACGAAAGUGCACUUCACCAAGCCGCCAGUGUGGAAAUUAGGACAGGGUCAGGGACACACACGGGUGCACAGGGCGAGUUCCCCUCUGAGGCAGCGGUGCGGCGGGUGAGUGAAUCUUACUUACACAGCUUUGACUGGAGUGACACACACACGCCUUCAGCCUUCAUCUCUGACUAUAAUUAAAAUUCACAUCCUUGUUUAAAAUCUGUUACACGUUAUCGCAAAUGUCAACAACAACAACAAUAACAACAACAAGAAAGUGCACGUCUGACAGCCACUUGAGAAAACAGGAGAGUUGUGGCUACAUGUGUUUGCGUCUUGUUUCAUUUAGUCAUCUUCACUGAGACGUGAGAACCUGCUGAUAGAGGACAAAUGGCCAAAGCAUAUGAAUUUAACUGGAAGAGGCCGGUGCCUCACUUCAUGCAAGAAGGGGAAUAUUUUGAUAGAUUUGAUGAGGAUCCAUUUGUCUUUGAGCCUCACUGCUUUUUUAGAGUGGAUGCCUUUGCAUUCUUCAUCACAUGGAAAAGUGAAGGAAAGGAAGGUCAGGUUCUGGAGUGCUCCUUAAUCAACAGUAUACGGAACACAAAUGUACCUAAGGAUCCAAAAAUUCUGUCAGCAAUCGAGACCACAGGGAAGUCUGAGAGUGACUUGGAGGGCAGGAUCAUCUGCAUAUGCAGUGGCACCGACUUGGUUAACCUUAGCUUCAUGUACAUAGUGGCACCUACCAUUAUCAUUGCAAAGCAAUGGACUGACAGCUUACGGUUACUGAUCCACAACACCCGUGCAAACAAUGUGUGCCCGAUGACCUGUCUCAAGAAACACUGGAUGAAGCUGUCAUCUUUGACCAAUGUGAGCGGUAAAAUCCCAGUGAGAAGCAUAACAAGAACUUUUGCUUCUGGCAAAACUGAGAAGGUUAUAUUCCAGGCGCUAAAAGACCUUGGUCUGCCUAGUGGAAAGAAUGAUGAAAUUGAGCCUGAUAUUUUCACCUUUGACAAGUUUUACUCCCUCACUCAGAAGAUUUGCCCCAGAACUGACAUUGAAGCACUGUUUAAGAAACUCUGUGGAGAUAUGAGCGAUUAUUUAAACAUAGACCAGUUAGUCAGCUUUUUGAAUGAAAACCAACGGGACCCUCGACUUAAUGAGAUACUUUUUCCAUUUUAUGACCCCGAACGUGCAAGGCAAAUCAUAGAAACUUACGAGACUGACAAGAAGCUUAGAAUGAAAGGAGUGAUGUCUUGUGAUGGGUUUUGUCGGUACCUGAUGUCUGAUGAGAACGCACCAGUGUUUCUUGACCGACUGGAGCUCUAUCAGGAGAUGGACCACCCACUUUCACACUACUUCAUCAGCUCCUCCCACAACACGUACCUGACUGGCAGGCAGUUUGGAGGGAAAUCUUCUGUGGAGAUGUACCGGCAGGUCCUGCUCUCCGGCUGCAGGUGUGUGGAGCUGGACUGCUGGGAUGGAAAGGGAGAGGACCAAGAACCCAUUAUUACUCAUGGCAAGGCCAUGUGCACAGAUGUGCUUUUCAAGGAGGUCAUUCAGGCCAUCAAAGAAACUGCAUUUGUGUCUUCCGAAUACUCUGUGAUUCUCUCCUUUGAGAACCACUGCUCGAGGCAUCAACAGUAUAAGUUGGCCCGAUACUGUGAGGACAUUUUUGGAGAUUUGCUCCUCAAGCAACCUUUAGAAGAUUUCCCAAUGGUGCCUGGACAGUCUUUGCCUUCACCGAAUGUUCUUAAAGGAAAAAUCCUCAUUAAGAACAGAAGAUUAAAACCUGAAGUUGAAAAGAAGCAACUGGAUCACUUCAGGAAGCAUAUGGAAGCUGGAGAGACAAACACUAUUAUGUCAGAGGAUGAGAAUGAGGAAGAUCCUGGCUCUGCAGAGCUUGCGGAUGAGGCUCACCCAGAACGGAUAUGUGGAAGCCUCGUCAUUAGCCAGACGAAUAAUAGUGAAGGAAAUAUGCUUGGGGCAAGAAAGGCUGGUGAAACAAAUGUGGCUGAUGAGCAAGCUUUGAUCCAGUCUUACACAUAUGUUGCAGCAACCACUAAUAUUCACCCCUAUCUGUCCAGCAUUAUAAACUAUGCUCAGGCUGUGAAAUUCCUAGGAUUUGACGAAGCUGAAGAAAAGAACAUCCACCACAACAUGUCUUCCUUCAACGAGUCAGUAGGAUUGGGAUACUUACGGACCAACGCUAUUGAAUUUGUCAAUUACAACAAGCGCCAGAUGAGUCGGAUCUACCCCAAAGGAGGCAGAGUGGACUCUAGUAAUUAUAUGCCUCAGAUAUUCUGGAAUGCCGGCUGCCAGAUGGUAGCUCUGAACUUCCAGACCCCAGAUUUGGCAAUGCAGUUGAACCAAGGAAAGUUUGAGUACAAUGGGUCAUGUGGUUAUUUGCUGAAGCCAGAUUUCAUGCGUCGGCCAGACCGCACGUUUGACCCUUUCUCAGAGACCCCUGUGGAUGGAGUGAUUGCAGCAACUUGCAGUGUCCAGGUAAUUUCAGGCCAGUUUUUGUCUGACAAGAAGAUUGGCACAUAUGUGGAGGUGGAUAUGUAUGGCCUGCCCACAGACACCAUUCGCAAGGAGUUUCGCACAAGGAUGGUGAUGAACAAUGGUCUAAACCCUGUAUACAAUGAGGAACCGUUUGUUUUUAGAAAGGUAAUCCUUCCGGACCUUGCAGUGCUUAGAAUAGCGGUGUAUGAUGACAACAAUAAGCUGAUUGGUCAGAGGAUUCUCCCCUUGGACGGUCUGCAGGCUGGCUACAGACAUAUCUCCCUACGAAAUGAGGGCAACAAUCCCCUUUCCUUACCCACCAUCUUCUGCAACAUCAUCCUCAAAACAUAUGUGCCUGAUGGAUUUGGAGCCAUUGUGGAUGCUCUUUCUGACCCGAAAAAGUUCUUAUCCAUUUGUGAAAAGAGAACAGACCAAAUGAGAGCCAUGGGCAUUGAGACGUGGGAGAUAGCUGAGGUGCCAAAUGACAGCCCAAAGACAACUAAGAGAGGAAAGACAAAUCAUCCCAAAGCUGUGUCACCUCAGAAAAUGUCUGAGCGACACGCUGCAUCAGUACAGAAUCCGAGCGUUUCCUCAAGAAGUGUGUCUCCUAAACCAUUAAACAUGCCUCAAGUUACCAUUGAUGACCUGAAACAGAUGAAGGCAUAUAUAAAACUAGUAAAAAAGCAGCUGAAGGAUCUUAAUGCAUUGAAGAAAAAGCAUUCAGAGGCAUACACUGCAUUGCAGAGAACUCAUUGUACUCAGGUGGACAAGAUGGCGACACAGCAUGAAAAAGAAAAGCGGGCACUAGAAAAACAAUUCGAAAGAAGUAGCAAGAAAGUCAGUGAAUGUAACUGGGAAACCAGAGGGGAAAUGGAGAGGAGGAUAAAGACCGUUACCACAGACCACAAAACAAAGGUGAAGAAUAUGGUUGCUGCUCAAACAGAGGAAUUGGCUGAGAUGACAAAGACCCACAAUGCUGAGAACCAGGACCUCAGUGACCAGCACGUGCUACAGCAGUGUGAACUGCUCAGAAAGUUGAUGCUGAUGACACAGGAACAGCAGACACAGCAGCUCACAGACGUUCAUGAGCGACAGAGUAAGGAGAUGAGAGCUAACCAGGCAAAGUCAUCAAUGGAGAACAGUAAAGCCAUCAGUCAGGACAAAAGCAUCAAAAACAAGGCUGAGAGAGAACGGAGAAUUCGAGAACUGAACAGCAACAACACAAGAAAAUUUCUCAUAGAAAGAAAAAAGCUUGCCUUGGACCAGUCGAAAGAGCUUGAUCAGCUCCAGAAAGUCCAGCUUGAACAACUGGAGCAGCUGGAUAAAUAUAACGCUGAGCGCUUGAAGUCACAACUUUCAGCACCUCCGUGCCAUGGCUCAAAUGACACAGCACACGCAUAUGGAGAACACAGAAGUGAAAUAGUCCCAGUGGUGCCCUAAACUCCGUAACCACAUGAGACAACAGCAGAUCUGUGAACAAAUACGCACACAAACAGCUGCAGAUGUGAAAAAAAAUCCUUUUCUGCAUUCUGGUUGUACGCUCAUAUGCAUGUUUGUUUUUUAAUAGUUCAGUCCAAAGGUGGGGCUUUUUCCCUGUAAAACAUUUUGUAUAUAUUUUUUCAUAACAGUAAUUUUAUAUAAAUAUGUUUUAUAAAUUGAUAUUAUCUAAAUGUAUUUAUAUAUUUGUUGUGUGCCACUAUAUUACUACAUACCCCUUGUCCUUGAAAGGUUGUUUUUGUGAUCUGUUAUGAUCUCAGGGUUAAUUUUUGAGGCAAGGGCUGAGAUUUUGUGUGUGUGUGUGUAUGUUUUUUUGUUUGUUUGUUUGUUUUAUUUGAACCUCUCAUUUUACUGUUGUUUAUAGUACAAUUAAAAUGUGUCUGCACUGUAAUAUAUUGCUGUAAAUUGUACACUAAUUUACUGGCAGCUUGGGUUGUAAUUGUAUGCAUUAUAAUAUCUUCAUGUAUAAAAUAAUACAUAACCCUGUACAUUUGUGUGACACAGGAUACAAGUAAGCUGAAGGGUCUUGCCCAAUCAUGAUAGCUUGGUGGUGCAGGGACUUGAACACACAGCCUUCUGAUCUGUGACUCAAAGCCUUAACCACUGAGCCAAGCUAGUUGUCCUAGUUGUGGUGGCUCAAUGGUUAAUGUUUCGAGUCAGAGAUAAGAAGGUUAUGUGUUCAAAUCCCUGCACCUCCACAUUGCCUUGACUGUGCAAGACUCUUCAGAUCUGCUGUAUCCUGUAUCAAGCAAAUGUACUGUUAUACACAGUACAGUGAUCUACUCCAACAUACUCCAAAUUAUAAUUGUACAGACAUAUUUUAAGAAAAUGUAUUUUGCAUGUAUUUAAUUAAUAAUAACCUAAAUUUUCAACCUACCCUCUAAUAUAUGAACUUCAGUUUUUCUUUAAUAAUAGAGACUUUAGAAUCCUAUUUCCCCAAUCUUGCAUCUGUCGGGUUUCCAUUGUUAGACAUGUCAUUGUCAAUGUCUCAUCCUUUAAAUACAAUGAUUCAGUGCGCACAUCUGAAAAUAAGUGUUUCAAAAUGUGUGAAUGGGAGGGGGCAGAGCAGAGAUUAUGAAUAUUUAUGAGACCACUUCAAGUCUUUAAGAGCCCUUGAGAAAAAUGUCUUCAUGAAUACCAAGACUUAUAGAAAGAGAUUUUGGAGGUACGUUACAGAGAUUUUGUGCCUUCUGAUGGUUAUCGGAUUGUUGUGGUCAUUUUAAAUAGAAGUUUAUUGCUGACAAACAUCAAUUGCUGAAAGAUCGACACUGGAGUGUACCUUUGUCAGUAAGGUUUCUUUCAGGCCAGAGCGGUUUGUGCUCAUAGAUUUUAUUGGGGCAGAUUGACAAUAAUAACUACAUAGCGGUCAAAAUUUUGUUUGAAGCUAAGUGCAAUAAUAACUCUGUGGGGCAGCGAGUAUGCUGCCCUGUGAUUAUGUAGUAUCUAGAAAGGUGAACAAAUCAAUAGAACACUGGUUUGUAUUUACCAAAUAGCAAAGAAAAAAAUAUAUUCAGUACAUUUACAUGAACAACAAUAAUCCAAUAUUAACCCGAAUUAAGACAAUACUCUGAUUAAGAAACUACCAUGUAAACAGCGAUUACUGAUUACCGUAAUCCGAUUAAAGUCGAAGUAAACACAAAUCGAAUUAAGACAUGUGGAGUACUCCUGUUUUAGUCGCAUUAUCGAUGUGCAUUACAGACAUCUAAACACCUUAAUCACACUAUUAACAUCAUGUGGGAGUUUUCACCGCAUUUUGCGACAGCACACACACACACACGGCAGUGCUCAACCGUUUGAUGGCAAACAAGAGAGCACGACUGCGUCCAAAACCGCGUUCUUACCUACCUACUACAUAGUAGGUGAAAUACACGUAUUUCGGCUACUAUAUAGUAGGUAAGUACAGGUUUUGGACUUCAAGCAGUCGUCUAUUUGCACGUACAGCACGACAAAUAAUUAACUGCACUUGAAGCUUUCGUAAAAUUAAAAAUAAAAACACCAAAAACUGUAUAUGGUACAAUAACGAAGACGAACUGUAUGUUAAUAUGUGAAAUUCUGGAGGGAACGUCGGAUGGCGUGGCACAAGGACGUUAAUCGAUCUAUGAUCUAUAACGUAAGACGGGAACAUGAAAGGAAUAUUCUAAAAGCAAUUCAUGUAAACACCUUAAUCACAACAUAGUCUUAUUCAGAAUAAGGUCAAUAAUUAGAUUGCUGUCCAUGUAAAUGUAGUCACUGUCAAUAUUAAUUAUCAAUAUUGGAUUUUUCUGCCUAUAACAUGCUUUGAUAUCUACACUAAAUAUAUUUCAUGAAAAUGAUUGACAUUUUAUUUACUGUAUAACCAUGCCUAUGCUUUCAGCCUAACUUGCUAGCCAAGCUUACUUUUGAUCAUAUUCCAUAGUGAAAUUGGUCAAUUUAAGUAGGGCUGGGCGAUAAAACGGUCCUUUAUCGACCUUUAUUGCUAGAAAAAAUGUUCGGUAUAAUGCUGGAUAAAAUGUAAACAGACAUGAAGUUUGUUUGCAUGAACAACCCUCAAGCGUGCUCCGUCCCUGGAUCAUAAACAGUCUAUCAUAUGCCUUGAUAAAGGAAUGUGCUACGAGUGACAAGCAAACAGCCAAUAACAAGUUACGUAUCUGUGGGGUUCGGCUGCGUCAUCGCCAUGUGACAUCAGAACAUACGAACACAUGCCGAAAUGAGUUCGGAGCCUGCUGAGGAUGUUUGUGAAUCAAAAAGGACAUGUCAGCUCACCAGUGUGGCAGUUUUUGUGUUUUUUUUUUGGUUUCUUUUUGUCUGACCAACAUCAGAACACCGUUGUGUGUAAGCUUUGCAAAAAACCAAAACAAAAAAAAAACAUCCCGGCCAAAUAUAGAUACACAACCUGCGAGAGACUUAUAGUGCGCAUGCGGAGUGCUCCGCACAUGUACAGUGCGUGUGACUCUGAACAGCGGGCCGGGAAGAAAGGUGACAUUUAGCCGCGUUUGUGUUUCCUGUUUAAAAUGUCGGCUCUGGGGAGGACAGUGAGUGUCCUCAGAGCAGGAGCUUGACUCAUCAGACACGGACUUCAGCACAGUGUUAAAGUGGAAGUUUUAUACGAGGCUAGGCUAACUAUGCUAAACGGCUGAGUACAACCCAGAGCACCAGGAGUCCCAUUCUGCGCUAUAAUGUCAUGUUGAUCUCCCUUAAAGUUUGCCUUUUACAUUGCACACAUUUUGUAACAUUUUACUUAUUAAGCUAAAGAGUUUCUUUGACACUUAUUUAAUCUUCAUAUAACAUAUAAGAGAAGAUAUUUGUUUAAAUUAUAUUUUGUUUUUGACUGUUAAAACUAAAAUUAUUUGUUGUUUGCCUUAAUAAAGUGGGUAAAUUAAAAAUACAGUGGUUAAAUUCAAACCUUUUUUCAUCUGGUCUCUG